CUCCUUGGGUCCGCGGUUCUGCGGUAACUCAGUCUUGGAGGAAUAACCUACGAGGGUUCCCCUCCGCUUCCCCGGCGACCCCCGGCCUUCCCGCCGCCACCAUGAACAAGAAAAAGAAGCCGUUCCUGGGAAUGCCUGCGCCCCUUGGCUACGUGCCGGGGCUGGGCCGCGGAGCCACUGGUUUCACCACCCGGUCAGAUAUUGGGCCUGCUCGAGAUGCCAAUGACCCAGUGGAUGAUAGACAUGCUCCACCAGGCAAGAGAACUGUAGGGGAUCAGAUGAAGAAAAACCAGGCUGCAGAUGAUGAUGAUGAAGAUCUGAAUGACACUAACUAUGAUGAGUUUAAUGGUUAUGCUGGAAGUCUUUUCUCAAGUGGUCCUUAUGAAAAAGAUGAUGAGGAAGCAGAUGCUAUUUAUGCAGCAUUAGACAAAAGGAUGGAUGAAAGAAGAAAAGAAAGGAGGGAACAGAGGGAGAAAGAAGAAAUUGAAAAAUACCGUAUGGAACGUCCUAAAAUUCAGCAGCAAUUCUCAGAUCUGAAAAGAAAGUUGGCAGAAGUUACAGAAGAAGAGUGGCUAAGUAUUCCUGAAGUUGGUGACGCUAGAAACAAGCGCCAGCGGAAUCCACGAUAUGAGAAACUUACCCCUGUUCCUGACAGUUUCUUUGCUAAACAUUUACAGACUGGAGAGAACCACACUUCAGUGGAUCCUCGACAAACACAAUUUGGAGGUCUUAAUACACCCUACCCAGGAGGAUUAAAUACUCCAUAUCCAGGUGGAAUGACACCUGGGCUAAUGACACCUGGAACAGGUGAAUUGGACAUGAGGAAAAUUGGCCAAGCCAGGAACACUUUGAUGGAUAUGCGAUUGAGUCAGGUGUCUGAUUCUGUGAGUGGGCAGACUGUGGUGGAUCCCAAGGGUUAUCUCACAGAUUUGAAUUCUAUGAUUCCUACACAUGGAGGAGAUAUUAAUGACAUUAAAAAGGCCCGUUUACUUCUAAAAUCUGUGAGGGAGACAAAUCCCCAUCAUCCUCCGGCAUGGAUUGCUUCAGCCCGCUUGGAAGAAGUCACUGGAAAACUACAAGUAGCUAGAAACCUCAUUAUGAAAGGGACAGAAAUGUGUCCCAAGAGUGAAGAUGUAUGGCUGGAAGCAGCCCGUCUACAGCCUGGUGAUACGGCCAAGGCCGUGGUUGCCCAGGCUGUUCGUCAUCUUCCACAGUCUGUCCGGAUUUAUAUCAGAGCAGCAGAGCUAGAAACAGACAUCCGAGCAAAGAAGCGUGUUCUUAGGAAAGCUCUUGAACAUGUUCCAAACUCUGUUCGCUUGUGGAAGGCAGCUGUGGAGUUGGAAGAGCCAGAAGAUGCUAGAAUAAUGCUAAGCCGAGCUGUGGAAUGCUGCCCCACUAGUGUGGAGCUUUGGCUUGCUUUGGCAAGGCUGGAGACCUAUGAGAAUGCCCGAAAGGUCUUAAACAAAGCACGUGAGAACAUUCCCACAGAUCGGCACAUCUGGAUUACUGCAGCGAAACUAGAGGAAGCCAAUGGAAAUACUCAGAUGGUGGAGAAAAUCAUUGACAGAGCCAUCACAUCACUUAGAGCAAAUGGUGUAGAAAUCAACAGAGAGCAAUGGAUCCAGGAUGCUGAAGAGUGUGAUAAAGCUGGGAGUGUGGCCACCUGCCAGGCUGUUAUGCGUGCAGUCAUUGGAAUUGGGAUUGAGGAAGAAGAUAGAAAACAUACCUGGAUGGAGGAUGCAGAUAGUUGUGUUGCCCACAAUGCAUUGGAGUGUGCCCGAGCUAUUUAUGCCUAUGCCUUGCAAGUUUUCCCUAGCAAGAAGAGUGUGUGGUUGCGAGCUGCUUACUUUGAGAAGAACCAUGGGACAAGGGAAUCCCUUGAAGCCCUCCUGCAGAGAGCAGUGGCCCACUGCCCGAAGGCUGAGGUGCUCUGGCUCAUGGGUGCCAAGUCCAAGUGGUUGGCGGGAGAUGUGCCUGCCGCGAGAAGCAUCUUGGCCUUGGCUUUCCAGGCCAACCCCAACAGUGAAGAGAUCUGGUUGGCUGCUGUGAAACUUGAGUCAGAGAACAAUGAAUAUGAGCGAGCAAGGAGGCUGUUGGCCAAGGCUCGGAGCAGUGCUCCCACUGCAAGGGUGUUCAUGAAAUCUGUGAAGCUUGAAUGGGUGCUGGGGAACAUUGCAGCUGCUCAGGAUCUCUGUGAAGAAGCCUUGAAGCACUAUGAAGAUUUUCCCAAACUGUGGAUGAUGAAAGGGCAGAUUGAGGAGCAGGAGGAGCUGACUGAAAAAGCCCGGGAAGCCUAUAACCAGGGGUUGAAGAAGUGUCCCCACUCUACACCCCUAUGGCUUUUACUUUCAAGACUGGAGGAGAAAGUUGGACAGCUAACCAGAGCAAGAGCCAUUUUGGAGAAAUCUCGUUUGAAGAAUCCAAAGAACCCUGAUUUGUGGUUAGAAUCUGUGAGAUUAGAAUACCGAGCUGGAUUGAAGAACAUUGCUAAUACACUCAUGGCAAAGGCGCUGCAGGAAUGUCCCAACUCAGGCAUCCUGUGGUCAGAAGCGAUUUUCCUUGAGGCAAGACCCCAGAGGAAGACCAAGAGUGUAGAUGCCCUGAAGAAGUGUGAACAUGACCCCCAUGUCCUGCUAGCUGUGGCUAAACUGUUUUGGAGUGAACGUAAGAUCACCAAGGCCAGGGAGUGGUUCCACCGAACAGUAAAGAUUGAUUCAGACCUGGGGGAUGCAUGGGCUUUCUUCUACAAAUUUGAAUUACAACAUGGUACAGAGGAGCAGCAGGAAGAGGUCAAGAAGCGAUGUGAGAAUGCGGAGCCCCGCCAUGGGGAACUGUGGUGUGAAGUGUCCAAGGACAUUGAGAAUUGGCAGAAAAAGAUUGGGGAGAUCCUUGUGCUAGUAGCAGCCAAGAUUAAAAACACCUUCUAGCUGUUGCUCUAUCCAUUCCUGUCACUGUCCUGGAAAAGUAACGUCUUGCUAUCCAAGGUGAAGAAGGAGGGAGAUAGAGGAAGGCCUCCCAGUAGCUGUGCUGCAGAUGCUUUUCAGAUGAACUGUGCAUACCUUGAGGAGUAUUCUUUGAGACACUAGGAUUUUGAGUGCUGAUACGCUGGGCAAGCAAUCUCUUUUAAGAGGGUUAGCUUGCUCUUUAAAUUUAUUAAAUCUUUUUUUUUUAAUCUA